AUGGAAAGGCUAACCGUCACAAGCUUAAGGCCGAAUGACGGCGACGUGGAUUAUCUACCCAAGGCAAUAAAGCCGAAUGCUCUCGUUGAAGAUUAUAAGGAUGAUCAACAUUCCGAAGAUGGUCGCGGUAAUCGGGCCGGUGAAGGCAAACCACGAAAUCCUGAUCCACCACCACCACAAGGUCCAGGAGUGCGUCCGGAUGAAAACAUUGCCGAUGACGUGGACGAAUUGGAUCAGCGAUAUCAGCAGAUGGAGCUUGAAUUCAUGCAGCGAGAAAAUCGCAUUUUGAGACAAGAGUUGGAACUUGCGCACCGCGAAAAUGAUUUGCUUCGUCAACAAUCUCGUCAUCUUGGUAAUUUUGAUGGUUCUGCGGGCAUGUUCCAUGGUUGGGAAAAACAAAGACGUCUAUUGUGUACGUCGUAUCACCUUGAAGACGAUCGGGCUAAAAUAUUGAUUGGUAAUAAAUUAAAAGGAAGAGCAAAAGAAUCGUUUCGAACUGAAAGUUCAAUGGCUUUGUCCUUGGAUGAAAUAUUUGCCGGAUUAAAGAAAAUGUACGAUCACCACCCAGCCCAAAUUUUUGCGGAUUAUUUUCAUACGAAAAUCAUUUUGGCGAGAGAUGUUCAAAUUAUCGAGGAUGAAUUAGUAGAUUAUUUAAUCGAUGGCAUUCCUUGUGAUCAUCUUCAAGAUUUAGCAAGAAUGAAAGACUUUUGUGACAAAGAAGAAAUGUUGAGAGUUUUUGAGAAAAUUACUUUCAAAUCUGAUGACUCGUCAAAUUGUGAUAAAGAGAAACGAGAAAGAGGUUCGUAUUUCUCCUGCGGUUCGAUGAGUCAUCAAGAAAACAAAUGUCCAACCAAAACAACCAAGACACAGGUAGCUGUGGUUGCUGAGGCUGAAUGUGAAGAAGGAGAGAUGUAUGGUCAUGAGGAACAAAUCAACGUCGUAGCUGGUGUCGCACAAGAGGAUCAGACUUUUAUUAGAAGUGUUCUUUAUGAACUUAGUCGAGAAAAUUCUAGUGACAAAUUACAAUUGCUAACGUUGAUGGAUAUGGGUAGUCCGAUAAGUUUUAUUAAAAGGAAAUUUGUACCGGCCGAUAUUAUUGAAUGUCCAAGUAAACAGGACGAUGUUUUGACGGGUAUUAAUGGUUCAGGACUUAUAAGAAAAGGUGUUAUUAAAUUGAAUGUUAUUGUUGAUGGUGUUAGGAAAGACAAUCAGUUGGUAUGGGUUGUCCCAGAUGCAACUAUGAAAAUGCCUAUUGUGUUGGGUAGAGAUAUUAUUCGUAAAUUUGGUUUGAUUUUGACUAAUCCGUUGAAACAGGUCCUUACAGAUAUCAUGAAUAUUAAUAUACAUGAGAAUGUUAAGAGUGAAAUCCAACACGUAUUCGAUAGUGAGUAUCUGGAUACAACUAAGCCAAGUAGCCCAAAAGAUGAUAUGGAACUAACACUGCAUUUAAAAGACCCUAAACCAUUUCAUUACAAUCCAAGACGUUUAGGUUUUAGUGAAAAGAAUCAGCUGCACAAGAUAUUAGAUGAUCUUCAAAAAAGAAAAAUUAUCAGACCAAGCAAUUCUGAGUAUGUUUCGCCUAUUAUUUUGAUAAAAAAGAAAAACGGUGAAUUACGUUUAUGUAUUGAUUUUCGGCAUCGUAACAAAAUCAUUGCAAAAGAUAAUUAUCCUCUUCCUUUGAUAGAGGACCAAAUUGAUGGUUUAAGAGAUAAAAAAUAUUUUAGUUCGUUUGACUUGAGAAAUGGUUUUUUUCAGAUUCGCAUGUCGGAUGAGUCGAUUAAAUAUACCGCAUUUACUCCUCUUUUCGGAGUAUUUGAAUAUUUAAAAAUGCCAUUUGGUUUAAAGGUGGGGCCACCCCGCUUUCAACGCUUUGUUAACGAAGUUCUAAUUGACCUUAUCCGAUCUGGCGAUAUUGUUGAUUACAUGGAUGGUUUAUUAGUUGCAACUAAGAAUAUCGAAGAGCAAGAAAAUUUGUUGCAGCUCCGUCUCGAUAAAUGCAAAAUUAUGUUUACAGAAAUUGAGUUUUUGGGGUAUAUAAUAUCAGAGCAGGGGGUUAAACCAAACUCGUUGGAUGUCUCUGCAGUUCUUGAUUUUUCUAUACCACAAAAUGUGCAGGCUGUUCAACGAUUUUUGGGAAUGACUUCAUAUUUUCGGAAAUUCAUUGAGGGUUUCUCAUUGCGAGCAAGACCAUUAUAUAAUCUUGUACGCAAGGAAACAGUAUUUAAAUUUGCGGAGGAAGAAUUGAAAUCUUUCGAGGAAUUGAAGAGAAAACUCGUUGAAGCACCUGUACUUAGUAUUUAUAAUCCUUGUGACGAAACGGAGCUCCAUACAGAUGCAAGUAUAUAUGGUUAUUGUGCUACUUUGAUGCGAAAGAAAAGCGAUGACAAAUUUCACCCAGUAUUCUAUUUCUCCAAAGCCACAAAUUCUGCUGAGAGCCGUUACCACAGUUUUGAACUUGAAACGCUGGCAAUUAUUUAUGCCCUUCGACGUUUUCGUAUUUAUUUACAGGUUGAGCUUAUGGAUUAUGACUAUCAAACGGAACAUCGCACGGGAGUUGAAAUGCAACAUGUAGAUGCACUUAGUCGUAUCACAAACAUUCUCGUGUCAGAAGAUAAUCCAAUUGAACUUAAUCUUGCUAUCGGUCAAAAUAAGGAUGCUAUAAUUCGUAAUAUUAAGGAACGAUUGGAAACAUCAGAAGAUCCAAUCUAUGAAAUAAGAAAUGGUAUUGAGAAAACAUGCGAGGCGAUUCAGAGAAAGGGCUAUUUACAUUCAAUACCAAAGAGUAAAUUACCCUUCCAGACUAUUCACGUCGAUCACGUGGGCCCUAUGGAAAGAAAAAGAUUGAUCAAGCAAUAUAUUUUAGUCAUCGUAGACGCGGUCACUAAAUUUGUCAAGUUAUAUGCAGUUAAAUCAACCGGUUCUAAAGAAACUAUCGAUUGUUUAAAAGAUUAUUUUAGAAAUUACAGUCGCCCAUUGGCAGUAGUAUCUGAUCGCGGGUCCAGUUUCACGUCCGCUGAAUUUAAGGACUUCGUUGAAGAAAAUAACAUUCGUCAUAUUUUAAUUGCAACAGGAUCACCUAAGGCUAAUGGUCAAGUGGAAAGGGUUAAUAGGGUCCUGGAAGCAAUUAUUGCGACAAAUUUCGAUAAUACUAAAGGGAAAUAUUGGUAUAAAGUUUUUGCUGAAGUUGAAUUCGCGAUCAAUACUACUGUUAACAAAACAACUGGCGAAACACCUAGUAGAUUAUUAUUUGGUCUCUGCCAGAAAGGUAAAAUUAUUGACGAAAUUAAAGAUUAUUUUGACGAUAAGUAUGACGUCGAGAAUCGCGAUCUAGCUGAAAUUCGUGAUAAUGCAUCGAGCAAAAUUGAAAAGAGCCAGGAGUAUAAUAAAAAAUAUCACGACAAACAUCAUAAGGAAGCUCGAAAAUAUCAAAUUAGUGAUUAUGUCAUGAUAAAGAAUUUUGAGAGUAGUUCAGGUGCUCCAAAGAAAUUAAUUCCACAAAAAAUGCACAGAUCACUCAAAGUGCAUAUGAAGGGACGAUCGAUAUUUCCCUCUGCAUUGACUUGUAUUGGCAGUCGUGUACGAGAUAUCAAUUAUUUAACUUUCGAAAACCCCUUAUACGUCCAUGAUGUGUGGCUCAGGAUAGAAGAGGAAGUGUAA